GCGCAAUGUCCAGCUCAACACCCAAGCAGAAACUGAAUCCACGUAACUUCCCCCGUCCGCCUUCCUGCGAACGCACUCCCCGUCAAUUGGAAGUGAAGUGGCCGAACGGCGACACAAUCGCAGAAACGAGAGAAGCAUACUGGGUCCUAGAAACCUUUCACCCACCCACCUAUUAUCUCCCUCCCUCCUCUCUCAAAGUGCCCCUAAGCAAGAACUCACAUGGAAGCUUCUGCGAGUGGAAGGGAAGAGCAUCGUAUUACAACAUCAAAGACCCAGAUGGUAAAGAGGUGAAGAGUAGAAUCUGGAGCUACGAUAAUCCUUCUGGUGGUUUCAAGGAUAUCAAGGACUAUUUGAGCUUCUAUGCAGGGCCUUGGGAUUGCUAUGUUGAUGGUGAAAAGGUGGAGGCUCAGCCUGGAGACUUCUAUGGUGGGUGGAUGACCAGUGAUAUUGAGAGGGAAUAUGUUAAGGGUGCGCCGGGUACGAGGCAUUGGUAGAAUGAUCAAGAACAUCGGGUUCGUGCGUGAAGUCGUUAUGGAUGAAAUACGGAACCAGUUACUGCUAC